CCGUAGACCUCAAAGAGCUGUAAUCAUAUUAAAAGCAGCGGCCAGGGCUUUGACCGUCCCUCCCGGUUCCUUUGUGCUGCCUUUGCUUUUACCCACUUGGCUUCUAGUUUGGAGCUGAAUGCUUAAAACUGAAUAAAAUAGAUCGAGUCCCUGAGUGGUGCUAGGAUGCCAAAUAAGCUGAGCUGCAGAUCUGCUGAGAGCCAUGGCUAUUUUUAUUAGAAGCUGAUACUUUAGUCUAGCUGUGAACACCGCCUUGGGAGAGGGUUAGUUUCUAUCAAAGGUGGGGAAGGCAAGGCAGGGUUUUGUAGAGAAAGUAGCUGAAAAGAAGAACCCCAAGAAAGUUAGAACUGCAGAGGACGUCCCACUUUUUAAUACACCAUCUCCUGCGAGAGUCAACGCUCGCCCUGCCAGAUCCUCUGAGCUGCUAACACAACUUGACCUUUUUCACAGUGCAUUGCUUACCAUCACCAUUAUGACUGAGAUUACAGCAGAAGGACCUGUGUCCACAACAACCGUCAUAGACAACAAGAACGGAACAGUUUCUGUGCCGCAUAUGAAAAUGUCCAAGAGAUCAGUAUCAGAAGAUUUUGCAACAACCUUCAGUUCGCCUGCAGCGUGGCUCCUUGUCGUUGCUCUAAUCAUUACCUGGUCAGCCGUGGCGAUUGUCAUGUUUGACUUGGUGGAUUACAAAACCCUGGCAGGGCAGUCCAUAAACAAGCUCACCACUGAUCCACUGAGAAUUCUACAUGGCGCUGUGGAAGACAGCACCAAUUCCAUUUAUGGCUUUCUUUCUUUGCUGUCAGACCUCAUAUUUGAAGAUGAAGAUGAGAAUGGAAAAGGUGAAGGACAACCAACCCUGAAAGUAAAAGAAGAAAUCCAACCGCCAGUCAAAAAGAAAGAGAUCCAGAUAGACAAGCCUGAAAAAAUAGAGAAAGUGGAAACGAAGCCACCACUAAAAGAAAUCCAGAUAGACAGGUCUGAAAGGCAAGAGAAAAUAGAAAAGAAACUGCCACUCAAAGUAAUUCACAAAGAGAAACCUGAGAAACCUGAGAAACCUAAAAAACUAGAGAAGACCAAAAAACUUGAAAAAGUAGAAAAGCCUCAAAAAAAGGAACUUGUUAAAGUGCUACCCAAAGAAAAACCUGAAAGACAUGUAUCUUCCAAGGAAAAGCCUGCAAAGCAAGAGAAAAAGAAAGCACCUCCUUCCCCAAAAGAUAAAAAGAGCAGCCAAGUUGAAGAAAAGAUAAAAAAAGAUGUGAAAGGCAAAAAGACCGAAACCAAGGCACCUGAAAGACUAAAGCCCAAGGAAAUCAAAGCAGAGGAAGUUACGUUACCAAAAGCCAAGGAGAAAAAGGAGACUGCUCUGGUGGUCAGAGAAAAGUUGGAUCAGAAAGAUCAAUUUGCGUUCUGUCGCUAUAUGAUUGACAUGUUUGCGCACGGGAAUAUGUACACAGGUAUUUGA